GGUGUUUGAUGGGGGAUUGGAAUGGAGUGGUUUCUCUCCAACUGGACAGGACUUCUGAGAAAAAUAUUAAAAUUACUCAAGUGGAAACAGAUGGGACCGGAAGUUGUAGCUCGGGGACCCUGGAUGGCGACGGACGCAGAAGGAGUAGGAAAGCGGACGGACCGGUAGUGGUGUGAUGGCCGAGCAGGAGGGCGAGGGAAAGAGAGUGGGGUCCCGAGGUACGAUGGAAGGGCUUUGACGAGCUGAGAACCACGACCGGUAUUUCUUCCUUCGCCCCUGUCGGCGGCAACAGGCAACCGGCUGUGCCAUGAAGGUGAAACUGAAAAAUGUUUUUGUCAUCUACUUUCUGGUGUCUGUGAUUGGCCUCAUGUACGCAUUGCUGCAACUGGGUCAGCCCUGUGAUUGUAGCCAACACCUGAAGGCUGCUAGUGACCUCAUCCAUGCCAAGGAGAAGCGACUGUCUCAGUUGCAAAGAGAAGUGAAGCGGCUGCAGGGCCUGGAAAAGCUGCCAGAGCCUGUAGAAGGAACGCCUGUCAUUUACGUGAUCACGCCCACCUAUGCUAGGCUGGUUCAGAAAGCUGAACUGGUGCGUCUCUCCCAGACGCUGAUGCUCGUGAAGAACCUGCACUGGAUUGUGGUCGAGGACUCGCCAAGCAAGACCCAGCUGGUCUCCGAGUUGCUGGCGCAAAGCCGCCUGCCUUUCACCCACCUCCAUGCCGAGACCCCGAAGGAGCACAAGCGGAAGGAGAGCGACCCCAACUGGCUGAAGCCCCGCGGGGUGGAGCAGCGGAAUUUGGGCCUGCAGUGGCUGCGGGAGAACCGCAGGCUCGCCGACACAGGCGUGGUGUACUUUGCCGAUGAUGACAACACGUACAGCCUUCGCCUCUUCGAUGAGAUCCGCUCCACCAAACGUGUCUCGGUGUGGCCCGUAGGCCUGGUGGGGGGCCUCCGUUUCGAGCGUCCUCUGGUGGAGAACGGCAAAGUGGUGGGCUUCUACACGGCUUGGAAGCCCAACCGGCCCUUCCCCGUCGACAUGGGUGGCUUUGCGGUGGCCCUGUCACUGCUCCUGGCCAACCGGGAGGCUCGCUUUGACCUGCUGGCCGAACGCGGUUACUUGGAGAGCAGCCUUCUGCAGUCCCUGGUCUCCAUGGAAGAGCUGGAACCGAAGGCGGACAACUGCACAAAGGUGCUGGUGUGGCACACCCGGACGGAGAAGCCCAAGAUGAAACAGGAGGAACUUCUGCAGAAGCAGGGCCUCGGCUCCGAUCCCAGCAUCGAGGUGUGAGAGCAGCUCCCGUCCAGGUACCGCAACGGGGGGACGUCUCUGCGGGGUCAGAGAGCCCAGCCCGGGUGGAUCGUCCGUGGACGUGAGAUGGUUUUGUGCCCUCUGUAGAGAGAACACGCUUUUUAUUAAUUUAUGAAGGCUGAGCCCUGUCCUCUGUGUGCCCUGGGGGGCUGGCGGGGAGAUGCCUUACAAGUCACCAGGAAGAAGUCUUCUACAGUCAAAUAAAUCUGGAUGGGGGGAGACAGAGGCCCCCAUCCUGGGGGGGGGACUGGUUCCUGCCCCUGCUAGCUGUGUGUGUCUGAAUAGCUCCCGUGCGUCCUGAAGGCUGCUCCGAUAACAUGCAUGUGAACCUUUCCGUCAACCUGUCAACUUUCACACCUUUUCCCAAAGACUGUCUGAAAUGCGUCUGCUCUAAUAAACCAGGAUUGGCCGACUAACUCUUCUCCGCUGCUCCCAGCUCGGCGGCGGACAAGGCCUGCGGCUCCCCCCUUUCAAAGCCCGGCCAGGCUUUGGGUGGUUAUUCAGUUUGCAUUGCGUUGCGUGAACAUAGCCAGCUGCGGCUUCAGAAUACGAUUGUGGUUAAGCAAGCCAGGGUUUCGCGCGAUGCGGGAAACCGUGGCGAAUGUCGCACCUCCUGUGCUUUUCACCUGCCUUGUGGGGAAAUGACGCUGCUCUCCACCAUCCGGGCUGUGUUUCUUUCCAUCGCAUUUGCGCUGGGGAGGGGAACCCCUCCCUCACAACCAGAUUGGAGAAGAUCUUCCCGGAGUCCCCUAGUCCAUAAAACGUGGUCUGCCGAGAUCUUUGCCGCAUUGGAGCCAAUUUUAUUCCUUGUGUGCGCCUGGAAUUCCCGAGCAACGGUGAGUUGCAUCCACUCGGAAGCUUAACGUGGGGAUGAAAAUCUUACCUGGGGGCCCAAAAUCGACUGGUGGGGCUAAAUUUGCCCUGGCUUGAUUGGUACCGCGAGGGACGAGGUGCGCCAAGAACAGUUAAGCCUGAAUGAUCAGCCUGGUGCUGGCACGUUUUUCCCUUGAUAAUGUGACAUUCACUCAUCGCUUUCCCACACCCAGCUUUUCCAUCCCUCAGCGCUGAGCUAAGGAUUUCAGAAAAGGGGUGUGUCUUCCUAACCCACUUGAGCCUCCACCCAAAAUUUUCUCAACACGAAGAGCCACUGCUGAUUGAUAUUUCAGGAACCAGAUUCCUUUUCCACGUAUCGCUGGGCAGAUCGAUACAAUGGGCACCGUCUGCGCUUGGUCCUCUUUGCCCAUCGUGGUUUUGCCGCGGUUCAUCCCCUAAGCCGCAAUUGGCUGGAGUCCUGCCCAGUGCUAAGCCACAACCCCUAAUUUGCAAAAACAGAAUGGCUGAGUUUACCUUGCACCCAAUCAUGUCCUCUGUUGGAUUGUCCCUUAACGUACUGAGUGUAAACCUAAAACUUUGUGGUUGUUAAACCACGGUUCAUGGCUUAGCAUAGGGCUGUAGACAUCACAAGUGUUUGCUUGAGUAGAAAAGCAGAGUAUAAAUCCAAUAAACUGUGUUGUGAGGA